GGUGGCACUGACUGGCACUGACACGUGACACUGAAAGGCAGCUCAGAUGGCACUGAAAUGUGGCAUUGAUGUGCACUGGUAGGUACUGAUAUGAUGUGCACUGGUAGGCACUGAUGGGCACUGGCAGGAGGCAUUAAUGAGCACUGACAGCUGGCAUUGAUGGGCACUGACAGGUGGCACUGCUGGGGCUACACUGAUCAUCAGGGCACACUGAUCAUCAGUGCCCUGAUGAUCACUGUCAGCGUGACAGCUCGUGAAGAGAGA